AUGUCCAAACUUGGUGAAUGUCAUAGACGCGGCGCUCCGUCGCGGGGGAGGUCGCCGAGGGGCCCAGGGCUGGGGGGGGGAGGAGACAGGGAGGAGGGGAGGGCGACAGAUUCGCGAGGAGGCUUCCGCGGGCGGGGUCAGCGACCUCGUCCCCCGCGCGGCGGCGAGCGGGCGCGCCAAUGUCAGGGCCGGUGCAGCGGUCAGCUGACGUCUGGCGACGCGCGGGGGCCGCGGCUCGUGCUCCGAGGUGCAGUCGGCGCGCGGCCCUCGAGCGAGGUGCACGUCUCCGCGGAGCCACCGGUCGGCGAGCGGGCGGCGGCGGCGCGCGCUACUCCGGCGCCGGGGCUGUCGCCAACGAGUCAGGCGCUUGUUGGAGUACACUUACCGUGUCGGCGGCUCUCGACGGGCACGUGGCGGCAGCACGUGGAGACAACUAAGGCGCCAGGGGCGAGAAGAUAUCAGCGUGGGCGAGCGACGGUGAGUCACGGCGCACGGUUGACGACCGCUGUGCGCGCCACCCCCGGCGGAAUACCGCGCUCUCGCGUUGGUCAUCGAACCCCCAAACGGCGAUCUGGACGGAGGCGGCUAAAACUGGUUCUCGUGUAUUUUUCGGUCGGCGCCGUGGCGUGGACGGCGCGGAUUCCUUUCGCGAAAUCCGCGUCUCGCUGCUCGAAACGACCUCUGCUGCAAACUGUCCGAGAACGAAGCCUUCGAGAGCACGAGGACGGUGGCCGAGACGAGUGUUCCGCCCGCGACACACGUUCCGUUCCGCCAGCGGCGGUGACGUCGGCGGCGUUAUUUUUUCACCGGCGCUACCACGGGCACUCGAUCCGCGUUUUCACUUUCGAGCGAGCCCCAACAGCGGCGGGCACGCGCGGCGCUUAUCGACACACU